AUGCCGUCGGAGUGCAUCGAAGAGGCCAUUUCGCCGGAUCACCCCAACGUGAGUGAAUGGGUGUGGCAAGCAAACGAAAAGUUGCUCAAGCUCCGGCCGGUCUCCGAUCCGAAGAGACCGGAGGUUGAGCGAGGAGCAGAAAAGGGAAGAGAAGAGUGGGGAUUAAUUGGUCGAAGUGGUGCAGAUGGGGUCGAAGCGAAUCGGUUGAAAGCACCUGCAGCGCCCUGCCAUAUCGAUCAAAGCCUUGUCUCGUUCGGCUCGUCUCCACCGCCCUCGCCCAAGGCUGCUUUCGGUCACAGCGAGCGGUCCAGCAGUCCAGCAGUCCAGCAGUCCAACGCUGGGCUUCUUUCGAAUCUGCAAAAAUCAGAUGUCCAUGUCUCAGAUGGAGCUGCACCCUGGUCGCAGGAAGCAAAGCCUCCGACCCGACCAGCGCACAGGCGAGCUGCCAUCUUCAUUUUCAUUUUGCGCUCCGCCACAUUGUCUGCACUGGGGCCCAGUCCGGCGCAGGUCACUCGACAGCAGCAGCAAAAGCGGGGACGUCACGACGAUUGGUGGAUGGUGACUAGCUUGUCGCGCAAGGUCGGAGGGGCCGGCGCCUUUCUGGCUCUGGCCCUGGCUCUGGCUCUGGCUCUGGCUCUGGCUCUGGCUCUGGCUCUGGCUCUGGCUCUGGCUCUGGCUCUGGCUCUGGCUCCGAGCAUUGCAGGGAAGCACGUCCACGAGGGUCCAGCCAGCUCGCUUGUUCCUGCUGUGCUCCAGACGGGCUUGGCGCCGAGCUGCCCUCCGAUGCGAACUGGUCGCGAAACGAGGCUGGUCCCCUCUUCGGCCAACCCCGAACUCUCGCCGCUCGUGAGCAGAGCCAGUUCAAUCCACGCAGCCCACCAAAUAAGCACACGAUCCGCAUCCGAGCUGCUCGACAUACUCGGCUGCGUCCAAGCGAGUCUUUUGGGUCCGAGCCAGAGGCGUCUAUUCGCCACUCUCUCUUCAUCUUUCCAACACCUCGCUUCGGACCAUGGCAAGGAGCAACGUAGCAUGCAUGUCAGCUCACUGCGUGUCGAAAGGCUGGCGUGGACGAAUCGACCGAUGGCCCGCUGUGGAUGCACAGCGUCGGCUUUCGGGCGUGAGAUGGCGGCCAUUCUCGUCGGCAGGCGUGCAGCACCAUUCCUGCACUUUAUGCAUCGAGCCCAGCAGGCAGACUUGCUCUCCAAGCAAGGCCAGGCGAAAGCAGACCCGAUCCUGCACAGACGCCACCCGCCCUCUCCCGGCAUCGGAUGCAGCGCCUACGGCCAAGCGAGCGCGCUAAUGCCAGCCAUCGUCUCCGUCCAGCGCGGGGCAAACAAAAGCCGCACCGGCAACAGUCGCCCUCCAAAGCCCGGCAAUCCACCCGGAGGUGAACAGUCUAACACGUUGCACUUUUUCUUCAUCCGCACCGUGCACAGGCCCGUCUUCCGUCUCCCGGAGCCCGACACCAUGUCCUUACCUCAGCCCGCCUCGGAUGCUCGGUACGCCGUGUCCACCGUCACCCUAGAGAUCCCGCUUGCCGCACCCAUCACGCAGGAAUCACCAUCACCGUAUACGUAUCAAGAUGGCGCCACAACCAAGCCGGUAAUCUCGGCAGAUACGAUCCUUCUCACAAUCUACUAUCCCACCGAGCAUGCCAACAACGGCGAGACUGGCUCAAAACUCGACUGGCUCGAGGCGCCCAAGAUGCGCAGCAUUGGCGGCCUGCUCAAGUAUGCCGGCAUCCCCAAAUAUCUGGCCCUUCCUAUCCUCGUCCCCGCAUACAACGUCGUAUCUCAGAAGCUUCCAGCAUCCGUCGACCAAUCGCUUGCCUCCACCAAGGACUCGGCCGAUUUCCCCGUGGCCGUCUUCAGCCACGGCAUGGGCGGCACGCGUACAGCCUACUCCGCCUACUGCACUUCACUUGCAGGGUCGGGCAUCAUCGUAGCUGCUGUCGAGCACCGCGAUGGAUCUGGCGCCUCGACCACCAUCUAUCACCCUGAUGCCAAGGAUGGCAAACCCUCGGCAUCCCCUGGCUUCUUCAAAUGGCUCACUGGCGGAUCCAACGCCAAGAUCGAAAACAAGAUCUACGUCCGUCCCGCAGAGGUCGAUGGCAAGCCGGAACCGCUCGACCUGCGUCGUGCCCAGGUCGAGAUGCGCCGUCGCGAGGUGCUUGCCGUCUUUGACGUGCUCUCGGACAUUCAGGCUGGCAAGGCCGCCUCGCUCGUCGAGUCGUGCACCCGCACGCAGAAAGACGACGCCAAGACGCGCAAGACGCGCUCCCAGCUCCUCGCGGCCUUCGCAGGCAAGCUUCGUAUGGACGACGCCUGGCUCAUUGGGCACAGCUUUGGUGGUGCCACCGCCAUCCAAGCGUUACGCCACACCGACUGCCCAUUCGCACAGGCUCUUGUGCUGGAUCCUUGGGUCGAGCCCGUCCCCAUCAGCGGAGAAGGGGUGGUGCCAGUGAGCAAACCGCUCUACACCAUCAACAGCGAGGACUUCACCCAGUGGAAGACGCACAUGGACGAUGUCGCCGUCAUCUCGCGCGCGUCCAAGGCGAGCACAGGAGGUAAAGGGUGGCUUCUCACUAUCGGCGCCGAGGGCACCGAAAAGGUGGAUGCGGCCGCGCCAGUGGCUGCUGGACCGCCUUCGCGACUGGUCAUCGUUCAUGACAUGUUUGGCACUCUCUUUGGGCUCACCGCCUGCAUCGACGCGCUCGUUUCGCUGUUCCCGGAGCAACUGCAGGCGUCGGACAAGCUCCCUCCCAUCGUACCCGAGCUGAUCGUCAUGGACUGGUUCCAUGCGACCCAACGCGACUUUACCUACUCGAGCGCCUGCGGCCAGUACAAGCCCAUCGGCGAGAUCUUCAAGGGCACUCUGCCGCGCGUGUUGCUGCAGGCAGGCAUCUUGCCGAAGAAGAACGCGGCACAUCAGGCGCUUGCCAAGGCAGGCUCGUUUGCAGACGGAGGAGCCGCAGAAGAAGCGCUCGAGAAUCCCUUUGACCCUAGCGUGGUCGAGACGAUGAUGGGCGCGCUCAAGAAGCUUCAGCCGAGGCCGGGCAUGGUGGACGCACUCACGCGCAUCUACCGCGACCGCGAUGGCAAGGGACGGCUACCCGCCUCCGUCAGCAAGGUCGACGUGUGGGCGGCGACCAACGGCUCGCUCGAGCUCGGGCGCGGCUCGUUCCUGCGUGUCCUGGGCGAUAGUGAUGGUGCCGACCUGGACAGUGACGCAGCACAAUCCGGCCGGAGCGCCCAGCACAACGCAGUGGGUUCAGGCAUCGGUCUGUUUAGCUGUGACGAGAUCGGCGUAGCCAAGCCGGAUCCCAAGGUGUAUGCCGAGGUGCUGCGUCGCAUCCAGGCCGAGCCCAUCGACCCAAAUGCGGCCAAGAAGGAGUAUCAGGGCAUCUGGUUCGUAGCCUCGCACACGUGGGAUACGUUUGCGGCCAAGCAGGCCGGCUUCCGCACGGCCUGGGUCACGUACGAAGAGUUCUACUCGUGCCCGUCCGUGUACGGCACUCCGGACGUUGUCGGCAGAAACUUGGAGGAAGUAGCCGAGAAGAUCCUGGCGUUCGAGCGCGACCUGUGCAGCAAGAACGGCAACGCUCCCGCUCAGGGCUGGACGUACCACAAGGAGCAGCAGGAGCAGACGAUGCCGGGGAGCCAGCACACGUCGUUCUCCGACUUUCCCUUCCUGCUGCCGUCCAUGUCCAAGUUCAUCGGCAGCGUCGCGGUCCAGUCGAUCCUCGAGGUCAAUGCCCAGAUCACGCAGCGCAUGGCGCUCCAGAACAAACGCGAGGAAUCCGACGGCGUGUUUGCCGGCUUGAAGGGCAAAGACGACGCAAAAGAGUGGCGCAUCUGGAAGGAGGGCAAGGCACGACCCACCGAGCUUCCCACCGAGGCCAUCGGCGGCGACAAGAACCGCCAAGGCCGGCUCAUCGUGCACGCUCUGUAA